CACACAGAGCGCGCGCCAUGGCGUACAGGGCGUUGGAGGUGACUCUCCUGUCGGCCAAGGACCUGAAGAGGGUGAACCUGAUCUCGCGCAUGGAGGUAUACGCCGUGGUGAGCAUCUCCGGCGACCCUCUGACGCGGCAGUGCACCCAGCCGGACCCCUACGGCGGGCGCCACCCGUCCUGGAACACCUCGUUCCGGUUCAACGUCCCGCCCACCGCCGCGACGGCCACCGGCUGCCUCCACGUGCUCCUGCGCACCGAGCGCGCCCUGGGCGACCGCGACGUCGGCGAGGUCAUCGUGCCCCUGGCUGACAUCCUCGCCACCGCUGGCGGCGCGUCCGACCCUGGCCCCCGGCCUCCGCAGCUCGCAUCGUACCAGGUCCGCAAGGUGCACCGUUGCGAGCCUCGCGGCGUGCUCAACGUGUCGUACCGCCUGGGCCCCAUCGUCGGCCAGCAGGCGGCGCCUCUGGCGAGAGCCGACGAGGCCGCUGCCGCCUUCGUCGGCUACCCAGUAGUGCCGCGGCAGUACUACCCCGCGCCGUACGCCUACCUGCCCUCGCCGCUGUCCCUGGCGCCCGGGCCCUCUCCUCCCGCGCAAGCUGCCGGCGGACGCGACACCCUGGCCCUGCACCCGCCUUCGCCGUACAGCUUGCCUGCUGCUACUUACCCGCCGGCUGCUUCUGCUUAUCCGCAGCAGGCGGCUGCCGGUCCCGGGCGCAAUGCUCUGCCGGCACCGGCGAGCGAGGAGAGCAACGGAAAGCUGGACUUCGGGGUAGGCCUCGGCGCGGGGCUGGUCAGCGGCGCGAUCGGCGGGAUGCUGGUCGCCAGCGACGUGAUGAUGUCUGACGCGGCGGCUUACAACUCCGGGUACCGCGCUGGACUGGCCGACGGCGGCGCGGCAGCGGUGUACAGGAGCUCUUAUCGCGUUCCCGAUAAGGUCGAAGCAAAACGGGCGGCAGUGUGAGUCACUUGAAUCGAUGCAAACUGUGUGAUUUGACAAACCAAGAAUAGUACCUGCCGUAUAUAUAUGGAAUAUAAUUGCGUAUCUAUUGAAUAAUAAAUAAUAAUGAGAUGAGAUUUUACAU